CUCCUAAAAGGUGCUUGAGUUACAAGUUUGUUUUGGGCAUCUUUUUGUUGGUUGGCUAAUCAGUAAUGAAAAAGGGAUAUCAUAGUGGAUCACGUGUGUGUGAAGUUUAAUUACACAAACCCUAAAAUCUCAUCCACUUCAAUUACUCGAACUCAAACCAUAAAAAUUAAUCAUUACAAAAAACCCGACCACUCAAGAACUACACAUGGUUACGUGUUGGGGUCUUAUUGCUCUUUCUCCGACUACCAUUGCCAACUCCCCCGUCUCCUUUGCUUCUACCUUUUGGGUUUAAUUUAUUACCCUUCCUUUUCCCUUCAUCCCUUUUUCUAAACUUUCUUCCAAUCAGCAAACUCAUCCAUGGCGGAUGCCAAGAAGGUUGUGCUCAUGAUGCUUAAAGUGGACCUGCAAUGCCAUCGGUGUUAUAAGAAGGUCAAGAAAGUUCUCUGCAAAUUCCCUCAAAUUCGAGACCAGAUUUAUGAUGAGAAACAAAACCUUGUGACUAUCAAAGUGGUUUGUUGUAAUCCUGAGAAGCUGAGAGAUAAAAUUUGCUGUAAGGGCUGUGGGGUUAUCAAAAGCAUUCAAAUCCAAGACCCUGAAAUUCCCAAGCCCGUCGAUCCUCCACCGCAGCUCCAAAAGGUCAUCGAUUCUCCUCUGCCGAAAAAUCCCGACCCACCGCCUUCUCAAAAGGUCGUCGAUCCUCCGCCGGUCGUCGUCCAGAAUCCCCCACCAGUACAAACCAAGCCGGUACCAAGGAACCCAUGCGUGCCGGAUGCAGGGUACCCGCGGGCAUACCCGAUGGGGGUGUGCUGCAGGGAGUGCUAUGAAGGGCGCGGUGGGGGCCCGUGUUACAGUGGGGUCGGUAGGCCGCGCUCAUGCUGCGACGGGUGCGCUUCUGGAAGGCCUAUUUAUGAUAGCUAUGGCGGAGGGAGGAGUUGUUACAUCAGCCCCUGUGAGUAUCUAAAUGAAGAAAAUGCGACAGGAUGCAGUGUCAUGUGAGGCGUUGCAGCUCGUGAAUGGUGCGAGUGACGUUCAUGCGCACCUUAUGGUUAUGAUAAUAAGGGAGUUCUAAUUACAUUACAAUGUGGCCUGGCCUCAGUAUAGAGCUCGGUUUUGAGGCUUCAACGGCGUAACAGAACAAUAAUUCAUUUCAUUAUGUUCAUCUUGGUUA